ACUUUUCUUGCCGCCAAACUUUAAACAACAAGGACUCUCACAUCUCUGCUGCAGCUCUUGCUUUCAUUAAAAAAACUUAUAAUACCUCUUUAUCUGCUAAACAUGUCUCCUACCCCGAAGAGACCAUGUCCUGAUCCAAUGAACGACUCUCUGGAGAAGAGGAUAAAGCGGAUUUCAAUCGAGGGAAACAUCGCGGCGGGCAAAUCCACCUUUGUGCGCCUUUUGGAUCAGGAGAGCGCGGACUGGGAGGUGGUACCAGAACCGAUCGCCAGGUGGUGCAACGUCCAAACAUCAGGCAGCGACUUUGAGGAGCUGACCACAUCUCAGCGGAGUGGAGGGAACGUCUUGCAGAUGAUGUAUGAGAAGCCAGAGCGGUGGGCCUACACCUUCCAGAGCUACGCCUGCAUCAGCCGGGUGCGAGCCCAGAUCCGGUCGGCCAACGGGAAGCUCCGAGAGGCCGAGGACCCUGUGCAGUUCUUCGAGCGAUCCAUCUACAGCGACAGGUACAUCUUUGCAGCCAACCUGUACGAGAGUGAAUGCCUGAACGAGACUGAAUGGUCUGUCUACCAGGACUGGCAUGGCUGGCUGCACAACCAGUUUGGCAAGCACAUCGAGCUGGACGGCAUCAUCUACCUCAGAGCUUCACCGGAGAGAUGUUUAGAGAGAUUACGUCUGAGAGGCAGAGCGGAAGAACAAGACAUCCCACUGGAGUACCUGGAGAAGCUCCACUUUAAACACGAGAGCUGGCUGCAGCACAAGACGAUGACCGUGGAGUUUAAGUAUCUGAACAACGUGCCAGUCCUCACCAUAGAUGUAAAUGAAGACUUUAUGGCAAACGCUAGCAGGAGUGCUGACAUGAUUGAGAAGGUGAAAGAGUUCUUGAGCACGUUGUGAACGUCGUCAGGUGAUGGGAUGGAGGACCACUUUCAAAACAAAGGAAUGCCUCAACAGUUAAAGCUCUUUUUACCAGUCAAUGCUAGUAGUGUUGUUUUAAUUUUUUCAAAUGUUUUGCUGUUUGCUUGUGUCUAUUGUAUAUUUAUCAAUUUUAGCGCGCAAAAUUAGAAUGUACUAUUUUUCUAUUGGCAUUAACAACAAUAAACUUUAAAUGAAUUUGAUGGA